GUGUGCCGUUGCGUGAGUCUGGGAAGGGAGGAUGGCGGGAGCGGCGCGGUUUCGCCUUGUCCCGCUCGCCCUUUGCGCGCGUCCAGCGUUUCUGCCGCGUUGCUCGCCUGGCUGCCCUCCCGCUCGGUCCCUGGUCACCCCCGGAGUCCGGGGAUGGCAGAAGGGCUUCAAGAAACCUGGGCCAGUAACGUGGAAGAGUUUAGCAGUCUCGGCUGUGAUUGGAGGAGGGUUGCUAGCAGGAAUGAAAUACAUGAAGAAAGAGAAGGAAGCAGCAUUGGAGAAAGAGAGUACCCGAUCCAUUGGAAAGCCUUUGUUAGGAGGCCCUUUCUCACUUGUUGAUCACCAUGGACAACCCAAAACAGAUCGUGAUUAUCUGGGCCAGUGGGUUUUAAUCUACUUUGGUUUUACCCAUUGCCCUGACAUUUGCCCAGAAGAACUGGAGAAAAUGAUGCUAGCAGUGGAUGAAGUUGAUGGAAUCGCAUCUUUGCCUAAUGUCACUCCACUCUUCAUCACCAUUGAUCCAGAGAGGGACAGUGAAGAAGCCAUUGCCAAAUAUGUUAAAGAGUUUUCACCAAAGUUGAUUGGAUUGACUGGUACGAAAGACCAGAUUGAUCAAGUGGCUCGAGCCUAUCGUGUCUAUUACAGUCCAGGUCCCAGAGAUGAGGAUAACGAUUACAUAGUGGAUCACACUAUCAUAAUGUACCUUGUUGGGCCUGAUGGGAAAUUUGUUGAUUAUUUUGGCCAAAACAAGAGUAACAUUGAAAUUGCUUCUUCCAUCCUAAAGCGCAUGAAGCAGUACAAGAAAGAAUAAGGGACUAAGGUUCCUGACCGCCAGGCAAGUGAGCCUGCUACGAUACAUCUAAAAUGCAGCUUGUAACAUUAAUUGGAGGAAUUACUGUGCAGGUAGUCUGCUCUGGCACCUUCUUUGUGCAGUGAAUUUACUAAGCCUAAGACUCAGUUCUGAAGAGAAGCUGGAUGUCUGUCACCACUUUUCUCUGGAUAUGCCUCAGCCAUACAGUGGCUUGCUAAAAGCCUUUGGUGUUGAUGCAGAUUCCCCGAAAGGAGGAGCCUCAGUGCUGAACGUAAGCCCCCCGUGAGACUUAGAAGCGUUCGUUCUUGGCAUGUUGAAGAGACAUCUGCUGAGCUGCACAGUGCUGAAGUUGCUGCUGGGACUGGUCUUCUCUCAAGUUUUACGAGCGACUCCUAGGAAGCGUGGCUUCAGGUCCUUUCUCAGUCAACAUUUCCAGACAGAUAUAGAGUGCCACUUUUUGUUUUUGAAAUAAUUGGUACAGUUUGCAGUAUGGCUGCUAUUCAGCAACAUGGUAGGAUGGGAACCUUAACUCUUUUUAUAAAGUGGGAUUACUGAUCAGAUAAAUCAAAUGUGGUGCACAGAUGAUGAAAUAAAGUGAGAGAGACUUGAAA